CCCCCCCACACACACACAAACACAAUACACAAAAAUAAUUUCAUUAUCUCAGAUUAGUAUAUUCAAAAGGCGAUCUUGGGUAGCUGACAACUGGUCUCGCCAUGUCGUCAAACCAACAGAGUAUUGACAAGACCGACGCCCAGGAAGACACCACGGGCCAACCGUUGCUGUCAGUUUCUUCAAGAGGGCCUCAAGACCCAGUGUCUCCCACUGAGAGUCAGCGCCCGGGGUCAGAGGUCACAUCAUGUGUUCAGACUCAGAGACGUGGGAGCAAAAACCCUUCUGAUUUGAAGCAAGAAAGCGAAAUUAGUGUUCAAGAAACAGGGGGCACAGACUUGAGCCUCGUAGAGCCUGCGUCGUCCCCACAACAACAACCGGAAGAGGAUGUGCCUCCGAGCAGAGAUUCAAAAGUAAAGACACCGGUAGCGUCAUCUAAACGUUCCGUCUCAUUCAGUACGCAGGUACGUCGAAGGGAAUUUAGUGACGACAGCAUAUUGCACAAACGAAACAGUCAGCCCAAGUCUAUUCCUGUUAAAUCUCAGUCCAGUCGUCCUUCUCAAAUAUCCAAAAAACCCAAGUCGAAGCGAUCAUUCGAUUCAGGGGCAACUAAUAAACCAUCUCUGAUCAGAAACCAAAAUAUAGAGCAAGAAACUCACGAUGUACCAAGCGACACCCCUUCUGAAACAAAGCUGGGACCCCAAAGCUCUACUAAAAUACCAUUCUACAGAAGGCCUAAGUAUGAGGGGCGAAAGUCGUCUCUUAGUAAUCAGAGAAGGCAAUACUCUGAGACUGUCUUUGAACCACAAAGUAGUAGAAAUAGCCAGAUAGAGGAACAACGGCACUCCCUAGCGUCCCCACAGCCGACAAGUUAUGGCAGCAGAGCCCAGUCGGCGGACAGUGCGACAGGUUACAACGUCAGGGCCGUGGCAUCGUCGUCUUACACAUCCAAUCGGUCAGGUCUCUCGAGACUUCAGUCGGCCCCUCCCCUACAGAGAAGUAUGUCAGACGCACAGAAGGCAAGGUAUGGGACAAGUGCAAUCACUAAUCCAGAAUUUCACCGUGGUCUAAGCACGCAAGGCUUAGCCAAGCAGUCUGAGAGUCCAUUUCGGAAUUCUUUCAGGGCCCAUACAACAACGGCUAAUCAAUGUCCGAUCAGCGAAAAGUUGUACUCGUUUGACCAACAACAGAGUGGGACUCCGUCAUCAUUUUCUCCACAGACACCCCAACAACAACAAAACUACCACUACCAACAACAGCACCACCAGCAGCAGCAACAACAAUGCCUACGGCAACAACAACAAAAACCACCAAGAUUGCCCAAAAAUGUCUCUCAAUUCUCAGCUGUACCUUCUCCUAACGGGAAAUCGUUGGGCACACCUGGUCAGCCGAGGGAAUCCUUUCUGACGUCUGUACGUCUGUGCCCGUCUCAAGGACAAGCUCCAAUGAUUAGUGAGGUCAGGGCAAUGUCCGAAAGGCCGUGGGAACUUCAUCAGAAGAAAACCUCCGGUGAAACAGCCGUAGGACAAAUACAACCUCGUGUGGGACAGCUGGAAGAAAGAGGCCCCUUUGGAAUGAGCCCAGCGGCGCACGUAGAAUCCCAGUGGAAGAGAGAAUAUUGCAGAGAGCUUAGUGGACAGUCAUCUUAUUCAAGUCCGUCUCCAUGGAACAUUCAGCAAACAGGAGAAUCCGGCUCGCAAGCCACAGGCAAAUCGUCAAUUCAAGGGAAAACAAGGCUGGAACAAGAACCCAGUGCAACGUUCAUACAUCAGCUUAAUUCCCGACAGCAAGAGCAGAAGAGCAGGAAUACAAGUGAAGUAUCACCUGGGAUGCCACUAUUUAAAGCCAGAAGUACAAAUAUGGACUCUGCUGUACCUACAAAUCAGACAUUUCAGUGGCAGGCGUCACAGAGUAGAGAUCCACCCAGUGUAACCCCAGUAGUUCGGCCAUUAUUGCAACGAGAAAGUCAGACAACGAGACAAUUUAGUUUUCUGACAGGGCAGCCUACUUUAGCCCAGCAGAGAGGGGCUGAAUAUACAAGGAAUUCAGUAUCUCAGUGGGGGGUACAACACCAAGGUGAGGCCAUUAUUGCACAGAAAGGAGAGCUAGCAUCGCAAAACGAGCUACAGCAGCAAAGAGAGCUGAAUGCAAUUUUAAAAAUUCCGUUACCACCUCUGGCAAGAGACUCCGGCCCCACCUUCGAAUGGCGACCUUCACAAAGUCAAAGGUCACAGAAGGGGAUCUCCCUUACAGGUCAGCUCUCCAGCAACGACGCCCCAUCAAUGGGAGAAUCCAGUUCGUUACCAAACGGGCAGCGAGUGAGCCAACACGUUCAAUACUCCCCGGGCACGGCGAUGAGGAAACCUAUGGCAGAGAGACGGCCAACGGGCUGCGUCUGGCACCAAGAUGUCGCUGACCUCCACGGUGGCGUGAACAUGGCAAGCACUGACUUACAAGGAAUGCAAGAGCUCCUGAGUGAAAUGGUCCAGGCCAUAGUGACAGAACAGGAACCGUUCACUGAACAAGACGGUUUUGAGUAUGUCAGCAAGCAGCACAGUUCAAAUACAGGACUCCCGACGGAAGUUCACUUCUCAGCACCUGCACUGUCCACCUUCUAUCCCAACCACAUUUAUUCGAAUCCCACCGGGAAGAGUGGACUAGGACACACGGUGGAUGUACGCAGGCCAACAGAAAGAAUAUCGACAACUUCUGCAGGUAAUAACGCCAACCGCUUCAGUAAUUCUAGGGAGAGAGAUGGCGACUCUUACAGUGGACACGAUUACCGUGCGUCCUGGAAGGAACCACUCUCUGCGAGAAGACAAUCUUCUGUAAGUCCUUCACAGCUCGCGACACGUUCCGAAUAUCAAAGUGUAGCAUUGCAAGGCAACAUCACUCAGGAAAAGUGUGGGAAGGGUUUAUCGUUACGUGAACUUCCCGGAAAAGACACUGGAGGAGAGACAAAAUGUUACUUGAAGUGCAGUUGUGAAAGUCAACCGUCAGUGAUCACCACCACGAGCUGUUCCCCAUCAGUGUCUUAUGUCCAUGUCCAAACUGAACCUGUAAGUUUGGAUAAUAAGUUUACCAUGACGAAAGCAUCACUGGACACAUCAGCUCUGCCCAGUGUGCCAAUGUCCAGCGACACGCAGGUACCAGAUUUGUCUCCUGAUGGAACUGACCAAGAGCAAGUGCUGGACGUUCUGAGAGAAAGCAAAGGAGUCAAAGGCCUAGGAUACAUGAGAGUGGUGACCAUGCAAGAUUUCUGUAACCCCCAAACCGUCCCUAGUCAGUUGGACGGUAAAGAGUCUCAGGGAGCUGGUCAAAAUUCUGCUCAAAGUCAGUUUGUUUCCAUCCCGAGUAACCUGACGUCACGAAGAGAAAUAUGUUCGUUAGUAUUGUCGAAUAAAACGUCGUUACAUGAAGGUUCUGUUUUGAGCACAAAACCCCAACAGGACAAUUCAGCCUUCGUCUUUCUCGGUUCUGCUACACUCUGGGUUAGUGAAAUCCCAAACGACUCAAGCUCACGAUCCACACCAUUAUCAAACGAAGAAACCACAUUUGUAACCUGUCCUUCGGCUCAAGAAAACGUAACGACUGAUAACUUGACAACAGAGAACCCUGCCUCUACUCUGCCUUAUUGCACCCAACAACCCCAGAACAAAGGCUCUUCACUCGCUCAUGAUUCUAGAAAAUCUUCUGAACAAACAAAUAGGUCAGAGAACCGAGGAAGCAGCUCUCCACCGCAGGCUGCCAAUGGAACUGAGGCACAGGGAACUCGCGCAGACAUCCCUACCUCUGAGAAACAGUCUAGGGAAGACACAGACAUAUCUGUAAGCUUCUCUACUGCCCAGCACUCGCCGAGUGAAACAGUCUCAGAGGGGAGGAUUGUUGCGCACAUCGGCAGCCUAGUGCAACAGUCUGACACCGACACAUCUGCACCAACACCUAGACUUUCGAAGUCAUCACAAGUCAAGAAAUACCGCCACACUUCGCAAGCACAAAUUAUUAUCCCUGACCUUUUCCCAGAAGACGACGCCCCCAUCCCAGAAGACUCAUGGGCUGGUCCAGCAAAUGUUUCUCGUACAAGCCAAGAAAAAGCUCGAUCUCCGUCACUAAAUUCUAACCCAUUUAGUACGUCAAGUAAAGAUUGGUCUAAUGGAAAAGGGUCCGCAUAUGAUAGACAAAGCAGUGAUAUUUCGGCCGUAAUAUGUUCACCUUCAGAUAAUCGACCAACCGAAAUUUCAGUAAUAAACUAUUCACCUUCUGAUACACAACACAACAGCGGUUCAGCCCAAUUAGGUCCCCGUCAUGAAAAACAAGAUUAUGACACCUCAGUCAUAAUGCACCCACCCUCUGACGGACACCAUGAUGGUAUUUCAGCAGGAAUUCGUCCACUAACUGAUACACAACGCAUUGAUACUUCGGUCCCAAAGCAUCCACAUUCUUAUAGACAACACGAUGAUAUUUCAGCCCAAAUACGUCUACCGUCUGAUACACAACUUACCGACAUUUCAUUCUCAAAACAUCGAUCUUUUGAUGGACAAAACAAUGACAGUUCGGACCAAAUAGGUCCCACGUCUGAUGUACAGCACUCUGACAACUCAGCCCUAAAACAUCCAGCUUCUGAUAGACAGCACACUGAUAUCUCUGUCCAAAUACGUUCACCUUCUGGUGGACAACACAAAAACAUUUCCUUCCCUACACAUCCACAGUCUGAUAGACAUCACGAUGAUAUUUCUGCCCAAAUGCGUCGACCGUCUGAUACACAACUCAGUGACAUUUCAUUCAUAAAACACCCACCAUCUGAUACAGAAAACAAUGACAUUUCAGCCCCAAAGCACCUGCCGUAUAUUAGACAAAAUAAUGAUAUUUCAGUGCAAGUACGUCCACCGACUGGUAGACAGCAUAACGACAUUUCGGUUCAAAUACGCCCAAGUUCUGAUGAGCAACGCAAUGACAUUUCAGUCCCAAAAUAUGACAUGCCAGGGGUAGUUCAGUCAGGUGGGGGCCUAGAAGAUACACAUUCACGAGAGGGGUCCGAGGCUGUACACUCACGAAACGUGAAGGAGGAGGUCAGCUCUCCCGAUGAUACACCACCAUCCUCAAGGGUAGUUAAAGAAAGGCCUUAUGAAAUGACAUCAGCUGCACAACAGAGUGGGAGGAGUGUGCGCUCUCGAGACCCUUCAGUGCCAACUAGUGAUGAUAUUAGCGCGCAAAAUACGUCAGUUGCAGAACGAAGCCAAGGGAGUGUGCGCCCACAAACACAAAGCAGCAGUUAUGGACCAUCUGUACCUUCCGAUCAGGAUGCCCCAGCAAACUAUUACGUCCCAUAUCGAGCAGUUUUUAGUCUAGUUUCGGUAAUGCUCAAGGUACUGGGCGCACUCACGCUGUUGAUGAGCGUGAAGGAUGCUGCGAUUAGAUACUACCACAUCCACCGGGAGAAGCGCUGGCCUAGCGAGUACUACGGAGCAGACUAACUGGCACUUAGCGCAGAGAUACACGGUCAAAGUAAUCACCAUUUGAUUCUAUAGUUUAGUAAAAGAAGGAACAAAAACAAAAAAGAAAUAAAAGGAUGGAAAAAAACCCCACAUCGCCUAUCCGAAAUAAUUUUGCUUCUGCUUCACGGUUCAACAGUUACCAUUCUGUCGUGAUACUCCUUUUCCGGUAAAAGUAAAGUAGAGCCCAUCUUUCAAACUGCUUGUCCUGGUGCACAACGUGCGAUCCCCGAUCGCUGUAGGGGGUCACAGUGAGUUUGCAGUUAUGUGUUCCAGGAACAGAAAACUGGAGCAGUGACUGUCACUUUGCGUGAAAACAUUGGGGGUACUUUGAUUUUACCACAAAUUUCUUGGUUACGUUGAAUCAGUGACAACACCGUUUAAUAAAAUCUCAGAACAUAAAUUUUAUGAUAUUCUUUAAAUGUUCUUUAUACGAUAUUUACUUUAUCAUUUGACAUGUACACUGUGGGUGGUUGGAGGUACUCUGGUAUGGUUUUCUCCCUCUUGUAUAUCAAACUUCCAUUGUCCUUAUCUCUGCUCCUUCGUUUCUGUGUAUGUUAUUUCAUAAUGACACCUCUAGUCUUUGGCUCUUAUAAUAUGACCUAUUUUUGUUGUAAGUGCAGUAAAACUCAUACUUAAACUCUUCUGAAAACAGAAGGUGCUCAUUUCAGGGAAAGACAACCCCUCAUUAAAAAGAAACAAACGGAGAUGCUUGUAACAAAGGCUAUAUGCUUACAACAAAGGCACUUAAAAACCCCCAACAAAAAUGUUACUCGAAGUAC